UUUCUGCACGGCUCCUGGUGACUGUGGGUGGGACGGAUGAGCGGGGCUUCUGGGAAACCCAUAUUCCCAAGCACGCAUUUGCGCUGGGCAAGACCAUGCACACGUUACUGAUAGCAUACAAGCCAGGCUCACACCUGGUUGCGUGUUCACAUCACGUAGGGCUGCAAGCGGUGGAAAGGUUGAGAGCGCGCAAAGGCGCGGCGGCGCGCGAUCCAGAAGGAGCGCCUUUACUCCGCCUCCCGAUUGGGAAACAAAUCCGAUGCGCGAUCCAUUUUCAAAGGGGGAAUUGCUUGCAGAAACUGCAGAGGAAACGCGGUUCCUUCCCCUUCUUCCUCUUGACCCGCCCCCCCCCCCCCCCCCCCCCCCCCCCCUCUGCCGCCCGCUGGCAUCGCCCAGAGGGUGCCCAGCCAAGCCACGGUUUGCGCAGCUGCUUCCUACUUCAAACCCAGGAAGAAUCAAGUUUGCCACUGCUCGCUGCCACCCGGAAACCUGAUCCAGGUUCCCGCUCGACCGCCGCACACUGGCCGUUCAAACUUGCAUUUACAAAUGAAUCUGCUUACAAAGAAAAUCAUUUUAAGUGUGAGUUUGCCCCAGAUGCAGCAAGAAUUAAGGGCCAACAUGUAAGUGAGGGAACAGAGCAACCUUUCUCAAGCAUCUUCCCUGACUCAUUACCUUCGAAGGAAGAUUGACAUGGAUGCCUCUUCCCCUGAAACUUAGUCCUGAUAUGGCAGGUUGGUUCAAGUGGCUCCCAUGGAAGUCAAGGCAAGAUUCAAACUCUUCAAGAAGCCCGUUGAACAAUACUUCUCCAUCUUUACCUCCUCAUCGUUUGGAGCGGAACUCGAACUCUCUACCCAGCAGUUCAGUGAACAGUCCCAAACAGACAUCCUGCACCUUUGCCGUAAACAUCACCAGUUCAGACAGCGCACGCUGGAACAAACAGUACGAUGCGUGCAUCUGCCACAGUGAGGGGGACUUUGAGUUUGUGGAGCAAAUGGUCUCUUACUUGGAAAGCCAGCCUGAGCGCUUCCGUUGCUUUCUUCAGUUGCGGGAUGCAGUUGCGGGAGGUGCCAUUCCUUCGGAGCUGUGCGAGGCCGUCCAGAACAGCCACUGCUGGGUGCUGCUCAUCACCUCCAGCUUCCUCAAGGAUCCUUGGUGUGUGUACCAAAUGCACCAGGCCUUGAUGGAGGCACCGAUGGCCAACGGGCGCAUCAUCCCUGUGCUGAAGGACAUUGACCGGAAAGACUAUCCAAGGGAGCUUAAGUGCAUCUAUUACAUCAAUGUCACAGUGCAGGAGAAAGGCUUCAGGCAGGUCAAAGAGACAGUGAUUCGCUAUCUACAGGAAUUAUGUCAAAACGCACAUAGGAGCGUUUAACUGGAACGUGGAGUAAAUGCUGAGGCAUUCGACUACUGGGCGGAAGUACUUUUCAUACAAGCAAGACUGAAGAAGCCCUGAACUAGUUAGCUAGUCUGAUCUUGUCAGAUCUCAGAGGCUAAGCAGGGUCAACCCUGGCAAGUGUUUGGUUGGGAGACCUCCAAGAAGUAUCGGGAUUAUGAUGUGGAGGCAGAUAUGGCAAACCACUUCUGAAGUCUCUUGCCUUGAAAAUCUCACCAGGGGCCACCAUAAAUUAGACAUGACUUGACGCCAAAGGGAAAAAAAAGACUGAAGAAUGUUUUUCUCACAUGGGAUAUCACAAGCACAGGGUUUCCUUCCCACUGACAUGUCUCACCACUCAAGAGCAGAUUUUGUGUUCUUUGGCAUUCCCUCAUCUGUGGUGAUGUUCCUAAAUGGCAUUUGGUGCCCGCUCUGUUACAGACCACAAUAUAACAAACAGUGGAAAUAUUUCUGCUUGGGUUGGGUAUUUCAGGCUUUGGAGGGCUCAACUACAUUCUGUGUUUGAUGGUAAAAACAUUGUGCCUACACCAGAUUCUUCUCUAUGUGAAGUGGGUGUGUUUUGAACUCCUUGUGUGAGUUCAGAGAAGACAGUUCCCUUGUUAGCAGAGAGCAAACCAACCAGUUAAUGCCGAGAGCCCUCAUAUAUAUUAGACAUGACCUCAUAUAUUUAGACAUGACCUUAACAAAAAUAUGUUACAAUAAAAUAGAGUCGGAAUUCAAA